GGAGGAUGUGGCGCGCGGAGGGGAAAUGGCUGCCGAAAACAAGCCGGAAGAUGAACAUGGACAUUUGAAAAUCUACCUGCCCAAGAAGCUGCUCGAAUGUCUGCCCAAAUGCUCCUCCCUGCCCAAGGAGAGACAUCGGUGGAACACCAAUGAGGAGAUUGCUGCCUACUUGAUAUCAUUUGAAAAGCAUGAAGAGUGGCUAACGACAUCCCCUAAAACAAGGCCACAGAAUGGGUCUAUGAUCCUGUACAACAGGAAGAAGGUGAAGUACAGGAAGGAUGGCUACUGCUGGAAGAAGAGAAAAGACGGCAAGACCACGCGGGAGGAUCACAUGAAGCUGAAAGUGCAGGGAGUUGAGUGUCUCUACGGGUGCUAUGUCCACUCCUCCAUCAUCCCCACCUUCCACCGCAGGUGUUACUGGCUGCUCCAGAACCCGGACAUCGUGCUGGUCCACUACCUGAACGUGCCGGCCAUAGAGGAUUGCGGAAAGCCGUGUGGGCCUAUCCUCUGCUCUAUUAACACGGAUAAGAAAGAGUGGGCCAAAUGGACGAAGGAGGAGCUCAUCAGCCAGCUCAAGCCCAUGUUUCAUGGCAUCAAGUGGACUUGCAGCAACGGGAACAGCAGCACCGGCUUCUCGGCCGAGCAGCUGGUGCAGCAGAUCCUGGACAGCCACCAGACCAAGCCACCUCCCCGGACUCAUAACUGCCUCUGCACGGGGACGCUGGGUGCUGGAAGCAGCCUGCAUCACAAGUGCAACAGUGCCAAACACCGCAUCAUCUCCCCAAAAGUAGACCCACGCUCUGGAGGUGCCUACAGCAGCACCCACUCUGAAGUGCAGAACAGCGAUGUGUCUGAGGGCAAAACCGAGCACACCCAUGGGGGAGGCAAGAAUGGCAGAGCAGGGGCUGAUGGGCCGGGUGGAUCAUCCGCACGUGAGAAGAGGAAUGGAAAAGUGCCCAAACCAGCUCUCCUCCACCAGAACAGCAUGGAGGUGUCCUCCACCAACCAGGUCGAAGUGCCUGACACCACCCAGAGCUCUCCCGUGUCCAUCAGCAGUGGCCUGAACUCCGACCCGGACAUGGCUGACAGUCCGGUCGUGACUGGCAUGAGCCACGUGGCCUCAGUCAUGAGCAGCCUGUCCCAGUCUGCCACAGUUUUCAUGUCAGAGGUCACUGGAGAUCCCGUCUACAGCAUGUCUCCUACCGGAGACCCCAACGCUCAUCUCCUGGGCCCCGACACAGCCUCAAGCAGCCUGGUGCUGGCAGUUGCCGCUGACAGUCACAAGUUUGCCUUCCCUGGGGCUGUGGGUGUGGGACUGGGAGAUGCGGGGUCUACCGAGGGAUUAGCCAUGCUAUCGGCGGCUAGUGUGUCUGAAGAGCUUGUCCUCUCCAGCAACCUGGAUUCUGGAAGCAUCAAGCUGCCCGAGACCACUGUCAACUUUGACCCAGACUGCUUCCUCAACAACCCCAAGCAGGGCCAGACCUAUGGGGGCAAUGGGCUGAAGACAGAGGUCAGCAAUGGCAGCAGCUGCAGUAAUGGAGGUGUCCGCUGUUCGCCUCCUCUUAGUGACAACGGUUUUGGCUUCAAUGCCUCACUGGUCAAGAACAUCAAGACAGAGGACACUUCAUUUGAGCAGCAGCUGGCCAAGGAAAGUGGUUACCAGGUUGGGGAUGUGGUGAGUGGUGCAGGUGGCCUCUCCAGCUCCUCAGGCAGCGGAUCUAGCCAAAAUUCCCUUGCUCUGACUCCGACUGGCUCUCUUCUGCCCUCUGGGGGUGGUCUGAGCCCCAGCACCACUCUGGAGCAAAUGGAUUUUAGUGCCAUUGAUGCCAAGCAGGACUACACCUCUACCGUGAUGUCAGCCACAGGCUAUGGCCAAGCUAUUCCCAGCCCUCACUUGGCCCACCAGAGCCACUCUCCUAGCUUCUUCCUGCAGGGCUCACCCCAGUCCACCCAGACACAGAACCACCAGAGCAAUGGCACCUCUGCACAGAACUCCCAUGACACCACUGCUUACAUGGGUUUGUCUGUAGUCAAAACUGAUUCAUCAGGUACCAAUGGGCAUCUCCACCACCAUCAUGCCCACCAAGGACAGCAUGCUGCCUCUAACUGUAAUGGCAACUCUCCAACUGAGAGAAAUGGGCAAGGUGGCACUCUCCAACUUCUGCAGUACCAAAACCACUUUCCUGGUGCAGGCCAAGAGCAUGAAGACGUUGGAAGUCUGGAGCAGCCAGCCACUUCAGAAGCAGGGGAUGCAGGAGGCCAGGAGAAGGAGACUGAGGGUUUGCUGAAGGCAGGGGAUCAUCUGCAGCCUUGUGUGGGAAAUGGGGCGGAUGGCAGCGGGGCCACAGAGCACUACCUCCAGCAAUCGGAGAGCAGCAACCUGGGAGCAGGAACUGGAAGUACAGGUACGAGGGCUAACAGUGGAGCCCUCUGUAAUGGUACUGAGGGCAAUGGAGCAGCUGGAAGUCCACAUCAGCAGCUCCAGCCACUUCUACAGGGGGCUGGCCUAGUCCAGGGUCUCUUCAACACUGUGGCAGCCCACCAGGGUCUGACCACCAGUGGGGCCAGUGGAAGCGGAUCCAUGGAGAUCAAUCUAGAUCACUUUGACGUCUCCUUUGGGAAUCAGUUUUCAGACCUCAUUAACGACUUUAUUUCGGUGGAAGGAGGAAGUGGAGCAGCAGUGGGAGCGCAAGGGGGCAAUGCACUAUACAGCCAUCAGCUGUUGGCCCACUCUGGCACAGAGGGGCAGGUAUCCUCCGGAACAACACCCCAGCAGGGUGCAGAAGAAGGGAGUGCCCGUGGGGCAGCCGGGUACAACUCUACAGAUCUCUGCCUCCAGCCCUGCUGCAGCCCCCAGUCUGCCCAGUCUGGGGCAGUGGCAGGGGAGGCAGGACAGCUAGCCUACAUGCAAGUGGAAGAGGUGGUUUCUGCUGCUGUGGCUCAUGGCACCAUGGGGAUGCUUCAGGCCACUGGGAGACUGUUUGUGGUUACAGACUAUUCACCAGAGUGGUCUUAUCCUGAGGGUGGUGUUAAGGUUCUGAUCACAGGCCCAUGGCAGGAGGCUAGCAGUGACUACAGCUGCCUGUUUGACCAGAUCACCGUGCCUGCCUCCCUCAUCCAGCCUGGAGUUCUGCGAUGCUACUGCCCAGCUCACGACACAGGCCUGGUGACCCUACAGGUGGCAGCCAGUAGCCAGAUCAUUUCAAACUCGGUGGUGUUUGAGUAUAAAGCCCGUGCUCUCCCAGCCCUGCCCACGUCCCAGCAUGACUGGCUCUCCCUGGACGAUAACCAGUUCAGAAUGUCCAUCCUGGAGCGCCUGGAGCAGAUGGAGCGCAGGAUGGCGGAGAUGGCUGGCCAGCAGCAGCAAGGCAGCGGAGGAUCAUCUGAAAGUGGAGUAGCAGGAGGAGGAAGUGGAGGAGAGGGAAGAGGCAGUGCUGACCAGGCGCAGUUCUCUCCUGGUCAGGGCCAGGCAGGAAGCUCCUUUGAGAGUCGUGUGGUGGUGGUCUGUGAGAAGAUGAUGAACCGAGCUUGCUGGGCCAAGUCUAAACACCUAAUUCACUCCAAGACCUUCCGGGGGAUGACUCUGCUCCACCUGGCUGCAGCCCAGGGCUACGCAACCCUCAUCCAAACUCUCAUCAAGUGGCGCACUAAGCACGCAGACAGCAUUGACCUGGAGUUGGAGGUGGAUCCCCUGAAUGUGGAUCACUUUUCUUGCACACCCUUGAUGUGGGCUUGUGCUCUGGGUCACAUGGAAGCAGCAGUGGUUUUAUAUAAGUGGGAUAGACGUGCCCUGGCCAUCCCCGACUCUCUCGGCCGCUUACCGCUGGCCACAGCCCGUUCUCGUGGCCACACUAAGCUGGCAGAGUGUCUGGAAAAUCUUCAGAGGGAGGAGCAGCAGCAGAGCAGCCAGGGUACACUGACUACAACUCCCAGCAUGCCUUUCUCCCCAUCUGCUGAGGGAUCAGCCACAGAGGGCUGGAUGGACGUUUGGGGCAGUGAGAGCGCUUCUGUUGGACUCAGAGGAAGCAGCAUCAGUAGCUCUGCUACAACCUCAAACACAGACUUAAGGAGACCCAGGUCUGAACCCUCCAGCUUCUACAACAGUGAAGGCCAAGGUGAUGCACCGUUAACUAAGAAACACAAGCCUAAUCCUGAGAGCCACCAAGCAAGGCCAGGCAAGCCGAGCUCUGCUCCUUUACGGCUUGAAGAGCACGCUCACAAAACUAAAGCAUGCCCUCCCAAAGCUCUCAGGGAAGGAACCGUGGAGAAGGAGGCUGGGAAGGGCGAACAGUCUCAGACAAAGCUAGGCUCAGUCUGCGGAGGAGGUGGGCGGUGGAGUGCCAGACAGGCUGUGGGACGCAGAGGCCAGUUUGGAGGGCUUGCUAAAGAAAGGCUGGCAAGCAGGCUGAGGUUAAGAGAAGCGUCUGGCACAGGGACAGUCUCCGAGCUGCUAGCAAGCCAAGAAGAUCUGGAGAACACAGGGGACUUACAGAUGAACAUGAUGACUCUUGCAGAGCACAUCAUCGAAGCAACACCUGAUCGCAUCAAGAGCGAAACCUUUGUUGCCACAGAGCCAACACCUCUGGACAAUGUUGCAGUCAACAGCACCAUGAGCUGGUUGGCCACUUACCUUGGAGAUGCAGAAAGGUUCCUGUACAACAAGCCCCUGGCUUCCUCCGCUGGCUUGGGUGGCGGCCAUUCUGGCGCCAAGCCAGAACCCGAGAGCCCUCUUGGGAAACUGGGCCUUCCUUCUCCGGCAGACUGGAGCGCAUUUCUCAACGCGUCCCACAGCAAAGAGGAGCGGGACCUCACCCAGCUGGCCCUUUCUGACCACGAGCAGAGAGAACUUUACGAGGCAGCGCGCCAGGUCCAAAGCACCUUCCGCAAGUAUAAGGGGCGUCCACUCAGAGAGCAGCAGGAGCUGGCAGCUGCUGUUAUUCAGCGCUGUUAUAAAAAGUACAAACAGCUGACAUGGAUAGCCUUGAAGUAUGCACUUUAUAAGAAGAUGACGCUGGCCGCCAUCCUUAUCCAGAGUAAAUUCCGCAGCUACCACGAGCAGAAAAAGUUCCAGCAGAGUCGCCGGGCAGCCAUGCUGAUCCAGCAGUACUAUCGCAGCUACAAGGAACUAGGCCGGCCCAACGCACACUCGCACUCUCAUGCUGCUGCAGCUGCAGCCUUAGUGCAGCACAAACUCAGAAGUGGUCUACUGACCAAGAGGCAAGACCAGGCUGCCAGAAAAAUAAUGCGGUUUCUGCUCCGAUGUCGCCACAGCCCCUUGAUGGACCAUAGACUGUUCAAACGGGGCGAGAGAAUUGAAAAAGGCCAAGGAACAUGAGAGCUCGCCAAAGAGCCCCGUCGCAAUGUAACGUCCACGUCCAGACUGUUUCCCUUUCCCCUUUCUGUUUUUACAAGAGACGAACAAUUUACAAAAAGGCAAAAACUAUACAACGGGAAAAAAAAACAAAAAAAAAACAAUGGAUCCCAGAAGACGGUAGAACAUGACGGUUACGUUACUGACAGUAGUUCAACUGAUACUAUUGAUUCUGGUACUGCCACAGCAUUGUGUAUUUUUCCUCUCCAUUGGGGAAAGUGGAGAAUUCUGCUUAAAUGAAGACUAUAUCGGGGAAAUAUGACAUUAUCUUCAUGCCAUUUUUGCACUCUUCAUAG